GGCUCGCAGCGUGCAGCUGGGCGCUGCCAUGAGGCUCUACAGCCUAAGUGUCCUUCACAAGGGGGAGCCCAAAGUGCACCUGCUGAAGGCUGCCUUCGACGUGUCCAGCUUCAGCUUCUUCCAGAGGUCCAGCGUGCAGGAGUUCCUGACCUUCACCAGCCAGCUGAUCGUGGAGCGCUCGCAGCUGGGCACCAGAGCCUCUGUCAAGGAGCAAGAGUACCUGUGCCAUGUCUACGUGCGCAGCGACAGCCUGGCAGGUGUGGUGGUGGCCGACGCCGAGUACCCCCCCAGGGUCUGCUUCACCUUGCUGGACAAGGUGCUGGAGGACUUCUCCAGGCAGGUGCCCAGGAUCGAGUGGCCCUCAGGGUCCCCUGGCACCGUCAGCUACGCGGCGCUGGAUGAGUACCUCAGCAAGUACCAGGUGGGGCACCCCCGCAGGGCCCCUCCGGGGGCUGGGGGAGGGGCUGGGCUGCAG